AUGGAUUUCAAUUUCAAAAAAAUUGCCAGUGAAGCGGGCGGAUUUUUCACCAGAGCUAAGCAGGUUUGUUAUUCAUUUUUCUCAAAAAAAACGCUUUUUGUUAGUAAACAAUAUAUUAUUCAUAAAAGAUUUAGUAAUAAUACGAGAAAAUUUUUAUUUUUAUUUCAAAAAAAAAUUUUUUUGGUGUGAAAAAAGUUUGAAAUGGAUAAGAUAUUAUAUUACUGCUGGGCCAAAGAGCAUAAAAUUUUAUAGCCUUUGACUUCUUCAACAACAAAAAAAAAGAGUAAGAAAAAAACCAAUUUGCAGCUCACUGAAGAAACAUUUUUGAAAGCUGAACGAACUGAACUCGAUGCUCAUUUCGACAAUUUAUUGCAACGCGCGGAUAAAACCGAAGACCACACACGACGCCUUCUCUCUUCAAUCGAGAGCUAUCUUCAACCAAAUCCUAGUAAUAUUCUUUUUUUCAAUUUCUUUCAUGUCCUAGUACGAUUUAAUUGACAUGAGAUUCAUCUUUUUUUUUGCAGCCGUUCGAAUGGAGGAAGUGUUUUAUGAAAAAUUGGAAUUGAAAAAAGAUGGAGCUGUUCGUCAGAAUAAUUUGGAACAUUUGGCAACUUCGAUGACUGAAGCUGGUGAAACUUUUGGAGAAAAUACCCCAUAUGGUGAUCAUUUUAUAAGGCUUAGGGUUAAAUUUUAAACAAUUUCUAGAUAGAGAAAAAAUUCCAACGCUCAACAAAAUUAAAAAUGUCUUUAAAAAAUCAUGAAUUCAAAUUUCUAUGAAAUCUCUCAGAAAUAAUUUUUUUGAGAAAAAUAUUCCCAGAUUUUCGAUCGAAAAUUACAUUAGAGGAUAUAGGAACGAAAAAAUGUUUUAUGAAAUACCAAACUAUACUUUCCAAAAACCAAACCCAUUUAUUUUCAGGAAGUGCUUUGAUCAAAGUGAGUCAAACCGAACAAAGAUUAGGUCAAGCGGAGCGCGAAUUGUGUAAUCAAGCAGCCGCCAAUACACUUUUGCCGAUUCGUCGAUUUUUGGAAGGCGAUAUGAAGACAAUUCAGGUAGGUUGAGAUUAACAUCAAAUUAGAACAUCUAUUUUUUUAUUUAAAGAAUUGGAAUACAAUUUUUUUUCUUUCAGAAAGAGCGAAAGGUGUUGAAUAGCAAACGAUUGGAUUUGGAUGCGUGUAAAAGUCGUUUAAAGAAGGCGAAAACUAUGGAAACCACAGCAAGUGUAUGUUUUUUUCUUCUUCUCGAUUUUAAAUUUGAAUUAAUUGAAAACUUUUCUAAAAAAAUACAAUUACAGACAAAUAGUAAAACUGCCGGUGGAUUUACCGUUGAGCAGGUUUGUUUGACUAAAAAUGUUGUUUUGUGUUAGUAUGGUCCCUGGGAUUUUUUAAGAGAAUUCGUUGAUCAUCGAUUUUAGGCUGAAGCUGACGUUCGUGUUGCUCAAGCGGAAUUUGACAAACAAGCGGAGAUCACAAAAUUAUUGCUCGAAGGAAUUCAAACAGCACAUGUGAGUUAUCAAAUUUCCUGGAUUUUGAAAUAAUUAAUUAUUCAAAAAAUUUUCCAGAAUAAUCAGUUGAAAUGUUUGCGUGACUUUGUGGAAGCUCAAAUGUCGUUCUACGCUCAAGCUCAUCAAUUGAUGGCCGAUUUGCAACGAGAGUUGAGUGGGUAGGUAACAUGUUUUUUUCAAAAAAAAAACCUGGAGUUAUUUUCUCGUGAAGUAGUUUGUGGCGUUUUUGUUUUACAGAAGUUUGUCCGAUGAACCAAUCAACCUUGGUGGGAAUCUCUGAUGAUCUCUGAAUAUCAAUUCAACCCUUUGUUUUUGUUUUGUUCUGUUCCGUUUGACAACCCAAUUUUAUGUUCAUUUUACCCGCGCGGCUUUUCAAAAAAAAGUCUAGAUUUAUUUUAAAAUCAGGAAUGGUCGGUCGGAAUUGCUCUUUUGAAAAACUAUAUAUGAAAAUUCCUAAAUUCAAGUUUUUUGAAAUUCCUAAUUUUGCUUUCCCGAUUCCGACCAAUCUUGUUUCAUACCAAAUCAAUCCCGUGUGAAUUUUUGUAUAUAUCGAUAGAUCAUAAUAAUUUUGAAGAGCAUUAUUCGAUUUUCAUAGUCACAAUAUACAUAAAUAAAUAAAUAUAUUUAAUUCUCAUUUUAUUGGUUCAAAAUUUCUGUUUCAUUUCGCGGAAGUUCGGCAACCCUUGUGAACAAUAGUACAGAACCACCAAAUGGUCGAACAAUGGCCGCCGCUGUUGCAGCUGCCGCUUCUGCAAAACCCGCUCUAUUUUUGCCAGAUGACAUGGGUACGAAACAAGCCAAAGUGAUUCUUGAUUAUGAUGCGGUUAUGCCAAAUGAGAUUAGUGUCAAACAAAAUGAUGUGGGUUUUUCUUGGAGCUUGGAACCAAACAAAAAAUCGUAUUUUUUCUAGAUCUUGAUUGUUUAUCGUUUACCUGGAAUGGACCCUGAAUUUGUGAUGGCUGAAAAAGGAGGAGCCCGCGGAAAAAUCCCAGUCACCUAUCUUGAACUGAUCUAA